AUGGCGGGCAGCAAGUGGCAGCAAUCAGUGUCUGUGCUUGUGGACAACUGGGCAGAGCUGGCCAGGAAAACCCCCAAGCUCUGCAACACCUGCAGGGUGAUGGCCACUGUGGCAGCAGACUUGGCAACCACCGCCACCUCCCGGGCCAGGGAGCUGCAGGAUGCCCACCUGGUCAAGGGUCACCUUGCAGGGACAGUUCGAGACAUCAUCAAGUUGUAUUUCGAUAGUGGUCCUGCCCGCCCCAGUGCCCACCCCAGCCAUAGGGUGGCUGAGCAGUGCCAAAGAGCCAUCGAGGACAUCCCAAGGCUCGUUCAAUCCCCAGAGUGUCCCCAGGGUGUCCCCAGUGUCUCCCCAGUGACCACGGAGCUCCGAGAGCUGUCCCCGGCCCUGCUGCAGCCAGAGGUCACUGUAGUGGCCAUCCUGGGCGAGCUGCUGGGCACUCUGCCCAGGCAGGACGAGGAGAUGAAUCUGCUUGUGUUCCAAGGGUGCCUGUACGGGGAUCUGGAGGUUUUCACCAGCAACCUCUGGGACACCCUCUACAGCACUGAUGACACCUGGAGGCGCCGCAAUGUCACAUCAGAUGACGAUGACCCUGUCACCUCCCUGCGCCAGGCCCUGGCUGCCUACAAGAGCACCCCAGGGAUCCCCCGGAACCGCGUGACAAUGGCAGCCAGCGAGUGGCAGUGGUCGGUGUCUGUGCUGAUGAAUAGCUGGGCUGAGCUGGCCAGGACAGGCACUGAGCUCCACAGCACCUGCAGGGAUUUGGCCACCAAGGCGGCCGACAGGGCGGCCACAGCCACCGCCCGGACCAGGGAGCUGCAGGACGAGGCUGCCCAUGAUGGGACAGCUCAGGAAAACAUGGUGGAGCUGGGUCAGGCCCUGGGCAGGGAGGAGGGGGCCGAGGUGGUGGCCAGGCAUGGAGCCCAGGUGUGGAGAGAUGCCAUGGUGGCUGCCAGCGAGGCAACAAGGGCCACCAUGGAGAGACAGCGGGUGGAGGUGGCCCUGGGGCUGCUGGAGCACUUGGUGGCCACGUGUGACGAAGCCACCGCGUUCCCCUGGGAGCUGCAGCGCCUGCUCUGGGAUAUCGAUGCCACCCUGGAGGGGACAAAUGAGGCGUCCCCUGAUGUCCCUGAGGACUUGGUGGCCAAGGUGGCCGUGGCCGAGCAGCUGUGGGAGGCCAAGAUGCACCUGGUCAAGGAUCACCUGCUGGGGGCACUUGAUGACAUCAUCAAGGUCUAUUUCACUGGUGGUCCUGCCUGCCCCAGUGCCUGUGGGGUGGCCGAGCGGUGCCAAAGAGCCAUCAAAGACAUCCCAAGGCUCCUUUGACCCCCAGAGUGUCCCCAGAGCAUCCCCAGUGUGUCCCCAGUGAGCGUGGAGCUCCAAGAGCUGUCCCCUCCCCAGCUGCUGGAGGCUCUGGUGUCCGCGGUGGCCACCCUGGGC